UUGUUACUUUAAAUAUAAUAAUGAAAAAGAGUACAUUGUCGAAAUUUAUCAUGUAUUUACAUAUUUUCUUCACUAUUUUAGUGUUUUUGAUACCUACAUUAACCAAGCCAACUCCAAAUACAGAAUGGAGUAAAUUCGAUGAGUUAAUUAUUGCAAUGGGAGGAUAUAUUGUAAAUCAUCAAAUUACACUGUACAAUUUUAUAAAAGCUUUAAAAAAAUGUGGAAGUAUAUAUGAUAACCUUGCAAUAAAUUGGUUUGAAUCUGGACUUACAGGUGAACAAAUGUUGAACAUCGAACCACUUUUGAUAUUAGUAACUAAUAAUUUUGAUAAUCAAUUAAUUAAAAAAAUAGAGUUUGUAUAUAAGACUCUGAAUAAUAACAAUGAUGGACAAAUUGAUAUAUUAAAAUAUCGCGCUAUAAGUAUACUCUGUGGUAUUCCUAUAAAUACAAGUAGUGAACACGAUAAGUUACUUAUUGCAAUAGGAGGAUAUAUUGUAAAUCAACAAAUCUCUCUGAACAAUUUUAUAAAAGUUUUAAAAAAUUUUGGUAGUGAAUAUGAUAACUUUGCGACAAAAUGGAUUGAAUCUGGACUUGAUGGUGAACAAAUGUUGAACGUCGAACCGCUUUUGAUAUUAGCAACUAAUAAUUUUGAAAAUCAAUCAAUUAAAAAAACAGAGUUUGUAUAUAAGACUCUGAAAAAUAACAAUGAUGGUAAAAUUGAUAUAUUAAAAUAUCGCAGUAUAUAUAACCUCUCUGAUAUUCCUUUAGAUACAAGUAGUGAACACGAUAAGUUACUUAUUGCAAUGGGAGGAUAUAUUGUAAAUCAACAAAUUUCUCUGAAGAAUUUUAUAAAAGUUUUAAAAAAUUUUGGAAGUAAAUAUGAUAAAUUUGCGAAAAAAUGGAUUGAAUCUGGACUUGAAGGCGAACGAAUGUUGAACGUCGAACCGCUUUUGAAAUUAGCAACUGAUAAUUUUGCUGGUCAGCCAAUAAAAAGAAUUGCUACAAUUUUUAAGGCUGUAGACAGUAACAAUGAUGGCAAAAUUAGUUUUAUAGAGGGUGGCAAUAUAUGUUUACUCUGUGAUAUUUCAAUAGAUACAUAUCUUAAUAUUCCUUAUAAAGGCAAAUCAAUUUCAGAUUAUAUAUUAAAAUGAAAUGUUAUUACAAUUAUUAAUGCAUUAAAUUUUGCCAUUUACCAAGAUAUUAAUAAAUAAUUUUUUUUAUACAAUAU